AUGGAAACUGCUGCAAAAGAAGUCACAGAAUUGGGCUUGUCUAUUAGAGCAUCUGCAAAAAAAUACCAAAUUUGCCAUGUGACUUUAAGCAGAUUUGUCAAAAGCAUGAAGAACAAUGAAAAACCUGCAAGCGGAUAUAAACCUCAUAGCAAAGUGUUCGACACUGCACAAGAAUUAAUUUUGUGUAAAUAUGUUUUGGACGCUGCAGAUUUGUAUUAUGGACUUACCACAAAAGACGUAAGAAAAUUGGCAUAUCAGUGUGCGGUCACGUAUCAAUUAAAAUUUCCUGACAACUGGUCUGAAUUUGAAAUGGCAGGAAUUGAUUGGUUGAGAGGGUUUUUAAAAAGAUGUCCUAACCUUUCUUUACGUAAACCUGAGCCAACUAGUCUUGCGAGAGCUAUGAAUUUUAAUCGAAACAAUGUCAAUUCGUUUUUUAAUAAUUUAUCUGAUGUGUACGUCAGAUAUGAAAUUGAGCCCCAAAAUGUCUACAAUGUUGAUGAGAUGGGCAUUACAACAGUGCAAGUGCCUACAAAGAUAGCUGCUAAAAAGGGUAAAAAGCAAGUAGGUGCAAUCACUUCAUCUGAACGCGGAACUCUUGUGACGUGUUGUGUUGCUGUUAACGCGACUGGAAAUUCAAUUCCUCCAUUUCUUAUAUUUCCGAGACAAAAGUUUUACGAUCAUUUUAUUCGAGAUGGACCUCCUGGGUGUAUCGGUGCUGCUAAUGGGUCUGGCUGGAUGCAAGCAGCUGAAUUCUUGCAAUUUUUACAUCAUUUCGCCAAACAUGUAAAGCCGAGUAAAGUCAAUGUUGUUCUGUUACUUCUUGAUAACCAUGACAGCCACCUUUAUAUACCAAGCAUUAAAUUCUGUCAAGAUAAUGGAAUAAUUUUACUAUCUUUCCCACCGCACUGUUCUCAUCGUCUUCAGCCAUUAGAUGUCAGCGUUUACGGCCCACUAAAACGCUAUGUGAAUGUGGCAAUGGAUUCAUGGAUCAAAAAUCACCCAGAAAUUUGA